CGUCAAGCUGGAGGCCCCAACCACCGAAUCGCCCCAAGGGGCUUUCCCGAACCCCAGCACCAUGAGCUAUGGGGACGAGCUGACCCCCGAAGCUCUGAGUGUGCCGAGUGGGUUUGAUGAUCUGAUCACCUCCACCACCUCCCAGGUGCUGCAGGCUAUUUCUAAUGCCGCAGCUGCGGUUGGUAGCUCAGGCCGCGAUAACGUGCUUUCCAUGAUCCAUAAGCUACCUGACCAUAUCUCAAACAUGGGCAACCUGGCUGACACGUCAGGUCCCAUGGCUUCAGAGAUGGUAUCCCAGGAUGAGCCGGUACAGUUCUGGCUAGUAAUAGGGUACACCAUAGUGGUAUUUGCUGCCAUACUAGGCAAUUGGGUCUUAAACCAUGUGAUUAUGAAGUACAAGAAGAUGCACACUGCCACUGGCCUCUUUGUCGUCAACAUCUCCGUGACCAACAUGAUGCUGGCUUUUCUCAGCUCUCCCUUCACCAUGGUGCGCUAUCUGUGUAAUUCCUUGGUGUUUGGGAAGAUGACAUGCCACCUCAGUCGUUUUGCUCAGUACUCUUGUGCCUAUGUAACUGUGUUGACCAUGGCUGCUAUUUCCCUGGAUCGACAUCGGGUGAUGCUAUAUCCCCUGAAGUCCCGAAUUACUCCAAUGCAAGGCAAUGUUUGCAUCAUUCUCAUCUGGAUUGUGAGCACCUGUGCUGCUUUGCCACAUGCCAUUUACCAAAAGCGUUACCAAGUGGAGAAUGGAAACAUAACUGAAGAAAAUGUCUGCCUUCCCAGUUUCUCAUAUACUUCAAAAUCCACGUGGAAAUACCUUGACCUAAGCACCUUUUUGCUCUUCUUCAUUUUACCAUUGAUGGUGCUGAUGGUCGUCUAUGGUCAUGUAGCCAAGAAGCUGUGGAUCCAUAAUGCUGUUGAUGACAUCAACAUCCACACCUACAUCUGCCAGCGUGGGAAGAAGAAGCAGAGUCUGAAGAUGCUGAUGAUAGUGGUGCUUGUCUACACUAUCUGCUGGCUUCCCCUCAACCUCUAUCUGGUGCUGCUUUCCAGUGAAUCCAUUUCAAGCCACAAUGGUCUCUACUACUUCCUCCACUGGCUAGCAAUUAGCAGUUCAUGCUACAAUCCUUACAUCUAUUGCUGGCUCAGCGAUAGCUUCCAUAUUGAAGUUCAGAAGGUCAUCAUGGAAAUCCAGAAGAUGCUGCUAGAUGGAAUCAGCCGCCUGAGAGGGGAGCAUCGCCAACUGAGAUCUCUCCCACCCCCUCACUGCCCUGCUUGGGUGGACCCCAACCCUGGAGUGCCCAAAUUCCCACGAUUCAAAGAUUUUGAUGAGCUACCCAGUCCCCCUCCAUCCCCAGAGGUGGAAACCUCCUUUCUCUACCCACCAGUGCCUAGAGUUUAAGCUGCCCAGACCGCGAUAGAUUAUCCAUCCUCAAAAACUCAGAUAGGGUGGUACCAAAAUAACUAAGUUUCAUUCAUUUUUCAUGGCAGGGGGAGUGGAGGAAGGGGUUGGAACUUGAGGGGUGGGGGCCAUGUAAAGAACCACGUGUCUCACUUGCUAUUUCAUUUUCUUCUGUCUUUUCUCCUGUUUCCUUCCUAAGUCUUCCUUCUCCUAACAGUGAGUAAAUAUUCGAUAUCCAGACUCAUCAGAGAUGUUUUUACAUAACUCAAAUGGAAGUUACACUCUGACUUGGGAUCUCCUGAAUUUCAUCUCUGAUUCUGGAGUGUUCCCUCCUCCAUUCUUUGUGUGCCCACCUGGCCAUGGCACUUGUCUUCUAACAUCUUAGAUAUUAUCUCAGGAGCUACAAGAGUCCCCAGAGAAUCUUAUUUAUAUUUUAUUUAGAUGGAUAAGAGGUCAAUAUCUAUAUUGUAUCCAAAAUAUGCCCAGAGAAGGGACAGAAGAGAAAUGUAUAGUUUCUGAAAUGUAAUUGGGUUCUCUGGGAACUUAGAGCUCCCUAUAAAUGCAAGUAGUCUUAUCUCCUUAUGGCAGAAUGAGAAUGAGAAAUCUUACAGAAAAAGACAAGGCAGUUAAAUGGCUCACUCCACAUUACCUGGGUUAUUUCUCCAGAUUGCAAAUUCAAUAAUUUGAUGAUAGCUUUCUUUUAAAUACAGUGACGAUUUACGUGCUCAAGUUAGUACUGCAAAAUCCAAAUAAUUCUCCCAGUUUUUUAAAAGAUGCAUUUAUUUAUUUAUUUAUUUUUAGAGAGAGGGGAAGGGAGGGAAAAAAGGAAGG